UCCCUGCCUUCCUCCCCGAAGUAGGCUGGGGGCGAGGAGCGGUGGGCUCUGCCCGGCACUGGCGCCUCCCGCGCGGGCGCCCCGGGUGUCCGCCCCGCGCUCCGCCGGCACCCCGAGGUGCCCGGCGCUCCCGGAGCUGGGCGGGGCGGGGCGGGGCACGGUCCUCGUGACCCGGCGGGCGCCUCCGGGACCUCGCCCCUCCCUCCGCUGCGCGCCCUGCGCCCUGCCUGGCCCGUAUCUGCCCUCCUGGCCUCAACGCGCCGCGACCCGACGCCCGGCCCGUCGCCUUGCUCUCCCUAGCAGGACCGCAGAGAGCAACCCCGGGGUCCGGGCCAGGCCGACACGCCCCGGAAAGGAGUCGGUGUGACCCUGACGAGAAGCAGAGAUGGGGAAAAAACUGGAUCUUUCCACGCUCACGGAUGAAGAGGCCAAGCACGUCUGGGAAGUGGUUCAACGGGACUUUGACCUGCGAAGGAAAGAAGAGGAGAGACUAGAGGGUUUGAAAGGCAAGAUUAAGCAGGAAAACUCCAAGAGGGAGCUGCUUCCGGACACGGCCCACCUGAGCAACACCCACUGCGCCCGCUGCCUGCUGCCCUACCGGCUCCUCGAGACGCCCAAGAGGCAAUGCCUGGACUGCGGCCUCUUCACCUGCAAAGGCUGCGGCCACACCCCGGAGGAGCAGGGCUGGCUCUGCGACCCCUGCCACCUGGCCAGGCAGGUGAAGAGGGGCUCCCUGGAGUGGUACUACGGGCACGUGAGAGCCCGCUUCAAGCGCUUCGGGGGUGCCCAGGUAGUCCGGUCCCUCUGCGGGCGGCUGCAGGGAGCAGGUUUACCUGACCGAGUGCAGAGCUCACCUGACGUCAACAGUGGGCCUGAGCCAGGCCCCGGGGGGAGAAGUGGAGACAGUGAGAAGAUGGAUGAAGACAGAGAACAGGACACAGUGGCCCAGGCCCAGCCCGCUGGAAGCAAAAAGAAGCGCGUCCUCCCCGUUCACGGCCUGGACUUCGAGGCAGACUCUGACGACUCCACUCCGUCCUGCGGGCCCCCCCCAAGCCUGUCCUUGGUCUCAGGGGCCGCGGACAACCUGCAGGACUUGGACUGGAAAGACCCACAUUCCAAGGAGCUGCCCUUUCCCAGUAAAACCUGCCAACAGGCCCCGUGUGCUCAGGCCCUCACAGAUGAGCCCUGCACAGAGGAGACCACCUCCCAGGAGCCCGUGGUCCUGGACGAGGCUGAUGCCAGGGCCUCUGGGUGCCACUCCUGUCCAGAAGGGCAGAUGGCCAGCCUCUCGCCUGCCGGACCAGACGCCCUCGCUGAGCUCUGCCUGCCGGGAAAGUCUUGCACGACGGCCCCGGGGACCACUGCGACACCUGGAACAAAGGUCCUCGGGAAUGAGCAGCUCCCAUCCCACUAUCUGGCCGACGUGGACACCUCGGAUGAAGAAAGCAUCUGGGCUCAGAGGGUGGCAUCUCACCAUCCCAGACGGAGAGGCCAGACCUUGUCUGAGAACCAGUGUCCCGCUGGCAGCAAGCCCACAGACGCCGACGUGGAAGAGGUGGCCCUAAGGAGAAGACUGGAGGACUUGAUCAGCCACGUCAGUGACCAGCGGGCCUCAUCCGAGGAGGAGGGCGAGGGUGACGGGGCGGAGCCGGGCGGCAGCACCCCCGUCGAGCACCUCCCCGGGGCCGCCCAGGAGGUGUGCACGGCUGCAGGCCAAACGCCCAGCCGGGAGAAGGGGCCCCGGGCCCCCCAGGACCCCGUGCAGCCCAGCAGGACCACAGACAAGGAGCUGUCGCAGCUGGAGGACAGAGUGGCCGCCACGGCCUCUGAGGUGCAGCGGGCAGAGAGCGAGGUUUCAGAUAUCGAGUCCAGGAUUGCAGCCUUGCAGGCUGCAGGGCUCACCGUGAGGACCUCGGCAAAGCCCCGGAGGAAAUCCAACCUCCCGGUAUUUCUUCCCCGGCUUGUUGGGAAGUUUGGCCAGAGUCCUAAGGAUCCGAAUGCAGACCCUUCGGGUGAGGUCAAGGUUGUGGCUGCACCCUAUCUUGUGAGGGGAAAGCUCGGUAAUUACCCCAAAAGUCAAGACAAAGAUGAUGACUCCUUCGAUCGGAAAUCCGUGUCCCGCGGAUCCCUGACACAGAGAAACCCCAACGGCAGGAAGGGAACCGCCAACCACAGCUUUGCGAAACCCGUGAUGACCCACCAGGCCUUAAAGGAGAGGUUCGUCUGAACGGGACAGAGCAGCAGAGUGGUGCCGGGCCUUCCUUCCCUCUACCUCGGCCUUCGUGUCCCUCCACCUGCCCCGCGUCUUCCAACGCACGCAGUCCAGUGGCGGAACGAGAAGAAACCCCAUCCGUGAGCUGACAGCGGUUCUCAGACCGUCAGCUCUUCACCCACGUUCUUUGAUGACCUCCAAGGCCGCCCCUGCCCACCUGCUCUGAUCCGUGAGAAACAUCUAAGCUGAUACGUCUUUCCUUUAGGGCAAUGUGGCUUAAGCUUUUUGAAGGACACAAAGAAGCUCUUGGGGGCUUCCCUGGUGGCGCAGUGGUUGAGAAUCUGCCUGCCAAUGCAGGGGACACGGGUUCGAGCCCUGGUCUGGGAAGAUCCCACAUGCCGCGGAGCGACUAGGCCCGUGAGCCACAACUACUGAGCCUGCGCGUCUGGAGCCUGUGCUCCGCAACAAGAGAGGCCACGAUAGUGAGAGGCCCGCGCACCGUGAUGAAGAGUGGCCCCCGCUUGCCACAACUAGAGAAAGCCCUAGCACAGAAACGAAGACCCAACACAGCCAAAAAU